AUGACAGUAUAGUCGAUUCGUUUGGACAUAUAAAUUGAAGCAUCUGAGGGUUUUGCAAAGAUAAAUAAUAGUUCAUAACCAACACUUGUUUUGUUUUACGACAAAUACUGUCAGUUUUGUCCGAGCACUUCCCCAGACAAAUGUUUGCUAAUGUUCCUUCCUGAUCGACUACUAGUGUCUUUUAUGGUUCUGCGUCAUCAAACAUGGCGGCGUCCGUAACACGAGCACACCCGUGUUUGUCAUUAUAACCAAAAUGUCUUUUCCGCCAACAUAGUUAUUACAUAUAAUUAAUGAAGUAGUUUGUAACGAGUCAUUUUAAAUCAUGCUACUAUCAAUUGCAAGUUUGUGCGCUCGAAAUGGGACAAGAGUACCGGUCAGGGCUGCUAAGUUCCUCUCGCCAGCGGUCAACAAACUCGCGGCCCCGCGGGGUUCGUCUUCGCCAUCCGCGGCCACGGCACUUCUCCCGCCGGCUUCACGGAAGCCAAACGUCCGGUGGGUGUCAUCCCGGCGGCAGGAGGAGCCCUCAGUAUCCGACGAAAAUGACAAGUUUGGGACUUAUUCAACGCGCAUACCCGCCAGGAGGAUUUUCAAGAAAAGCAGCCCGGAAAUGUUGGAUUUGAGGUACGGGGAAGACGAGGAGCGGAAGCCGGCGGAGAGCGUCCGCAGGGUCGGGAGGAGUAAUACCACCUACUGGUACUUCCUACAAUGCAAGAAGCUGAUUAAAGCAGGAAAGCUGCAGGAGGCCUUGGAGAUGUUCAGCAGAGACAUGCUGCUGGCGGAGAGACUCCGGCCGGAGGAAUACAACUACAGCGUCCUCAUUGGAGGAUGUGGACGUGCUGGACAACUCAAGAAGGCCUUCAAGCUCUACAACGACAUGAAGAAGCGAGGUCUGGAGGCGUCGGACGCCACCUACACGGCUCUCUUCAACGCCUGCGCAGAGUCGCCCAACAAGAAGGCCGGCCUCCAGCAGGCGCUCAACUUGGAGCAGGAGCUGCUCCGCAAGAACCACGCCCUGAGCACCAUCACGUACCACGCCCUACUCAAGACGCACGCCGUCUGCAACCACCUGCAGGCCUGCCUGCACACACUGAGGGAGAUGCUGCAGAACGGCCACGCCGUCACGCAGGAGACCUUUCACUACUUGCUGAUGGGAUGCCUGAAGGACAAGGACUUGGGCUUCAGACUCGCUUUGCAGGUUUGGCGCCAGAUGCUCAAGUCCGGGAUCGUUCCCGACUCCAACAACUACACCCUGCUCUUGAGGACUGCCAGAGAUUGCGGGAUGGGCGACGCCGCGCUGGCCUCCAGCAUCCUGCUUGGACCACAUGUGCAAGAACCAAAGUCCGGCAAAGCUCAGGUUGACGUGGACCUCCUGGAGCGGGAGCUGUUUGUCCCGGCUGAUGUCCAAGGCGGCGGCAGCGAGCACUCCCACCACACACAGAACUCUUUGGUGCCGUCCAGGCCCGACGGAACCGGGCUGCUGCCGGUUGGCUCAGCCCCUAACCUGCUGGACCUCCUGGAGGGGGCGGGGCACGGCUCCAUCUCCUUCGGCAGUGUGGACGGACCCUCCGAUAGACUCGCUCUGCUCGGCGGAGGCGAAGGUUUCCUGGACAAGAUGGCGGCAAACGGGCUCAAGCCGGACAUUCGGACGUUGACGCUGCUGGCGGACACCAUGGAGCCCGGCGUCCGGUCUUUGGAGGUACUCUUAGAGGUCGCCAAGCAGCAUCACGUCAAGCCGGACGCCGCCUUUUACAACUCGGCCAUUCGUAGGGCCGCAAGAGCUGCAGACUUGGAAGGAGCUAAGGCCGUGUUGGCUGUGAUGCAGCAGCGCAACGUGAGCGUGGACUUGCGGACGUUCGGAAGCCUCGCCCUGGCCUGCCGGCGACAGAAAGACGGUCUUCAGCUGCUCCAAGACAUAAAGGAGGCAGGAUUAAGGCCCAACGUCCACGUGUUUUCCGCCCUGAUUGGCCAGGCGAGUCGUCGGCUGGAUUACAUUUACCUCAAAACGCUGCUGAAAUGCAUGCGUACCCUGGAGGUGUGGCCUAACGAGGUCAUCAUCAAACAGCUGGAAUUUGCCGCACAAUACCCUCCCAACUACGACCAGUACAAGUCCCGCAACAACUACCUGGUGCAGAUCGACGGUUUCCGUGGUUACUACCAGCACUGGCUGCGGGUCAUGCCGGCCCAGAGCGACACGGACGACGGGGCGGAGCUCCGGCCCGGAUCCAACCCAGCGGAGGACGAAGCGGGUGGACUCGACGAGGCCUCGAAAACCAAAAGAGCGGUGAAGAGUACACGAAAUUAGCAGCACGGAAACAUACAGAAUACAUGAAUAUGUAUUCUUUUUUCAACAGUCAACUAAAACUGUCAAAUGAAAGAUUUCAUUACCAUUUGUAAUGAAUAAUAUUCAACUUUUGUGUAAGCCAGGGACUGAUCAAGGUCCUUAAAUGUUUAGAUGAUUCUGCCUGGAAAUUUGAAGUUCAAUAGACCUUGCGAUUGUUUGGAUUCAUUUGAAAUGUAUUAGUUAGGAACUCAUAAACUUUGCAUAAUGUUAUUUUUUAGUCUGGACAUUAUGUUGUUUAUAUUAUAGAAGCCCGUUUCCACCACUUUAAAAAAAAUCCCCAAUGGUAAGUCAUGAUUAUGAGCCAAAAAGUCCCAAUUAUGAGAUUAAAAAAAUCAAAUUUAUGAGAUAAAAAGUCACAAUUAUGAGAUAAAGUCAUAAAUAUGAGAUAAAAAGUCAUAAUUAUGAGCUUCAAAAUCUAAAUUAUGAGCUAAAAAGCCUAAAUUAUGAGCUACAAAGUCAACAUUGUGAGCUAAAAAGUCACAAAAUUAAUUAGCUAGAAAGUCAGUUAUGAGAUAAAAAGUCACAAUUAUGACAUAAAAAGUCACAAUUAAGAGAUAAAAAGUCACAAUUAUGAGAUAAAAAGGAAAAAUUAUGAGGAAAAAAGGAAAAAUUAUGAGAUAAAAAGGCAAAAUUAUGAGAUAAGAAGUCACAAUUAUGAGAUAAAGUCACAAUUAUGAGAAGUCACAAUUAUCAGAUAAAAAGUCAAAAUUAUGAGGGUAAAGUUAUAAUUAUGAGCUAAAAAGUCACAAAAUUAAUUAGUUAAAAAGUCAGUUAUGAGAUAAAAAGUCAAUUAUGAAAUAAAAAGUCACAAUUAUGAGAUAAAAAGUCACAAUUUUGAGAUAAAAAGUCACAGUUAUGAGAUAAAAAGUCACAAUUAUGAGAUAAAAAGUCAAAAUUGUGAGAUAAAUGUCAAAAUUAUGAGAUAAAAAGUCAUAAUACGAGAUAAAAAGUCGAAAUUAUGAGAUAAAAAAACACAAUUAUGAGAUAAAAAGUCACAAUUAGGACAUAAUUCAAAAUUAUGAAAUAAAGUUACAAUUAUGAGAUAAAAAGUCCAAAUUGUGAGAUAAAUGUCAAAAUUAUGAGAUAAAAAGUCAUAAUACGAGAUAAAAAGUCGAAAUUAUGAGAUGAAAAAUCACAGUUAUGAGAUAAAAAGUCACAAUUAGGACAUAAUUCAAAAUUAUGAAAUAAAGUUACAAUUAUGAGAUAAAAAGUCCAAAUUAUGAGAUAGUCAUAAUUAUGAGCUAAGAAGUCUAAAUUAUGAGAUAAAAGUUCAAAUUAACAUAAAAAGGUGGAAUUAUGAGAUGAAGUCAACAUUAUGACUUAAAAUUGAAAUGAGAUAAAUCGCAAUAAUGAGAUAAACUCAAAAUUAUGAGUUUAGAGAGUUGAAAUUAUUAGGUAAAGAGUCAAAGUUAAGAGAUAAAAAGUCAUAGUUAUGAGAUAAAAAGUCGAAAUGAAAAGAUAGGAAAGUCGACAUUGCGAGAUAAAAACUCAAAAUUAUGAGAUAAAAUGAGGAAAUAAUGAGGUAAAGUCAAAACUAUGAGCUACAAAGUCGAAAUUUUGAGCUAAAAAAAAUCUAAAAUAUGAUAUACAAAGUCAUGAUUAUGGGAUAAAAAGUCAAAAUUAAGAGAUAAAAAGUCAUAAUUAUUAUUAUUUAUUUUUUUAAUUCUCCAAAUUAUGAUUUUUUAUCUCAUAUUUUGACAUUCUCAUAAUCAUGAUUUACCAUUGCGCUAUUAAUUUAUUUUUUUAGUGGCGGAAACGGGCUUCCAGUUUAUAUAGUGUUUAAAUUAGGGGUGUCCCUCUUUCACUUUGAUACCGAUGUUGAAGCCUUCAGUAUUGGCCAAUACCGAUAUUGACCCAAUACGAUAUCAGCACAAAUCGUACAUAUUUUUAUUAUUUUGGAGUGUGGAAUGUUAAAACAGGUUUGAUCAAGUAAAAGUAGUCAGCAAUGGCAGUCAGAAAAAACACAACCUAUUUAUUAUUUACUGUCUGAAAUGGACUUACACUGUCUUUAAACUGAAGUGGAGUGGUAAUUGUUUUGUUUUUUUGCCACAACUAGUGGCCACAAUAAUUCAUUACAUUAAGGCCUCGACGCAGUAAGUUGAAUGAUGUGGACACGUUUGUUACUAGAUACUUUCUUACAGGCUUCUGCUUUGGGGACUUUGUACAUGUAAGUAAAAUGUGUCUAUAAUAAUUUGAUACUUGUUUAUGUUAACAAAUGUUUUACACUGUAUGUCUAGCUUGUGUGCUACUGUGUGCUUAGCUGUUGUGUGGCUGCAAGUAUAGCAUGUUUACCUUUUGCAAAUGACUUCACUUAAAUAAAAGAAAAGACCAA